AUGCAGAUUUUUAAUACCCCCACCACAAAGCAAGGCGCAAAUGAGAAAGCUGUCAAGAUCUACCUCUCUUUCCUUUGCUGCCUUAUGGCCUUUGUGAUCGUGGCAAGUUGGCUACGGGAAGCGUGUCACAACACCAAGAAAACGCCCUCAAAAGCGUCCUCCAGAAGACUACUCACUGCGCGUCACAGUCUUCUCCUCGCCUUCCAAAAGUUAGAGAGACGCGUGAACCUUGGCUGGUUCGGACGCCCUUCUCUCGGAUAUGUCCUCAUCAUCGGAAGCUUCAUCGCGGUCAACGCCACUCUGUGCUCCAAUAUUCUUGCACUUAGGCACCUGCUCAAUCAUUGGGCCUCAAGAUUCGGAUGGAUGAGCGUCAUCAAUAUGAUGCUGUGCGUCUUCUUUGGCCUCAAAAACACGCCGCUGAGCCGGGUUGCACAUAUCUCACACGCUGAGCUGAACUAUUUCCACCGACUUGCAGGAUACGUAGCUGUGCUUCUCUUGGCUCUUCAUGCCAUGUUUUACACGGUUCACUUCGGCCGCCAGGGUCGUUUGGUUCAACUAUUGAAGAAGGAAGAUCUCGAGGGCAUCGGAGCGGGUAUUGCGAUGCUUGUUUUGCUCAUGGGAAUCGCAAGACAUCGCCGCUACGAACUAUUUUACAUCAGCCACAUCGUGGCUUUUGUGGCAGCUGUUAUUCUGACCGGCCUUCACAGACCCAACUGGGCAAAGAAGAUCCCAGUUGUCAUGAUGUUCACUGCGAGCAUGUGGGUAGUCGAUCGCAUGAUACGAGGGGUGCGAUUGGUGAGAAAUCUCAUCAACAACUCCGCGACCUUCUAUCCACUACCCGACGGCGGCACGAGGGUGAUCUUAAGGAAGCCAGGGGUCAAGAAGAUGCUGCCUGGAACUCACUGUUUCCUCUGGAUACCGCGUAUUCACCCUUACGAAAAUCACCCGUUCACUGUCGUGAACAAUGACUCUGCAGGCCUAGAACUCGUCAUGAAGUCCCACCAAGGCUUCACCAGACGCGUGGACGAGUUUUCCAGGAGUCGUUCCAACCGCACUGCAUGGGCCUCGGUGGAUGGUCCAUAUGGAUCGCUGCCAGAUACAGAGUCCUACGACAAAUUGGUCUUGGUUGCUGGAGGCAGUGGAGCAGCAUUCACAUUUGGUCUGAUGAACCGUAUGAUGAGCCGCUACGAUAGAGUCAAAGCUCAAUCUGUUGAUUUCAUCUGGACAGUAAGACAAUCAGAACAUCUAAGCUGGUUUCAAGAGCACCUUCACAAAAUUUCGAGAUCCGGAUCUAGCAUCGAUGUCAAGCUUUACGUUACUGGUGAUUCGCCCAGAGGAGAAACGUCCGCCGAAAUGCCCAACGAUGCAAGCACAAAUAGAGGUGUCGUCAAUUAUGGGUCCAUAUCGCGAGAUACGGAGGGACUCUUGACGAGCACUGCCAACAAUGACAUCGAAGACGCCUUCAACAUCAGAUUCGAGAAGGUCAACAUAGAGCAGGAGAUCGGCGUGGCGUUAGAAGGCGUUGCGACUGAACAGAGGGUUCUGGUCGCCACAUGCGGGCCAGAAUCGCUCAUGGACGAUGUUAGGGACUCAGCGGAUAGAUGGCGAAACAGUCGAGGGCUAAGGAUAGACAUCCAUUUUGAGAACUUUUGA